AUGCCGAAUAGGUUGUCUAAAUUGUUCUCUCCCGACAAGGAGAAGGAAGCACUUGCUGAGGCGGAGAGACGCUCAGAGGGCUCAGGCUCACAAUCACCACCACCGGGCUAUCAACGAACGCGAGCGGACCAUGAGCACGACGAAUUCGAUCGCGACAACGCAAUCGACAUUCCGGACAUCACUGCCGGCUUUUCUAAUCUUACGAUUUCGAAUUCCAAAGAUGGUUUCCCCGCUACAGAGGAGGUCAUAGCCCACCUCAAGCUACUCGAAUGCUUCUACAGGCUGAAGCAAUCGGUCGCCUCCCAGGACGGAUUGUUCGAGAUUUCGGAUGGACUCGUUACCAGUCAUAACCUAUCAGACGGCGAGAGUACUGCAGAAUGCCUUGCGAAACUAGCCGAGAAGCGAUGGUCUAUUUAUGUUCAGCGGGCUGUCUAUCGAUAUGAGUCGUGGUUGUGGGCAGUCGAUCCAGGCGCAAGGGCGCCCCGGAGAUCCGCACUUGAACGCGAUGCAAAAUCUGGCUCGCUUUUAGAGGGUGGCCAGACUUUGCCAAUCAACAAGCGUAACCUCCCUCCAGUGGAUGUGCUCAUGGUCUGGCAUGCCCACAUGCUGAAUCCGCGAGCCUAUCUUGAGGACUGUAUGAGACAGGGCCGAAUGGACUUCUGGYGGGGCGGCAUGCCUUGGAGUGAUGUUGCAGAGAGCAUCGACUCGGAGACCUUCACGUAUGAUGCCAGCGCGCCGGCGCAGAGCAAAUGGAACUCGUCCCUGGACUCUCCCUGGGAUAAUCUUAGGGAUCCUGAUUCGAAUAGAGUUGUCAACUGUAAUUCUUGCAAUCAGGAGAAUCAUGUCCGGUGGACGACUUGUACAGAAGGUCGUUUCUCCAAAACCUUUACUUCCCUAGAGGACGUCUCGCGAGCGGUCGACCAGAUGCUCUCUUCUGGAAGUGGUUUCUCCGACAAAGGCUUUCUACACUUCUGCAGAUCCUGCGCGCGGCCAAUCACCCAUGAGUCUCUGCAAGCUGGUAAAAUGUACAGAGACAUUGAACUGCUCAUGAAGCACGACAAACCGCUUGGCGGGACAGUGCUUGGUCUUGCUGGCAUCCCUAAGCUGGCAUUUGGCCGAAAAGAUGAUAUCCUCGACGCACCAAAUAUCUUAUUCCGCAACGGACUGGGGAAGCAUAUUCUGUAUGAUCCUGUAGGACGUCCCGAAUCUGUUAGCGACAUCCGACAGCGUAUCGAGUCAGCCAUGACUGAUCGUGCGAUUAUGCGUGCAGCAAGAGGCGGCACCAGGUCAGGGGCGCUGCUGAGAACAGAUCGAAUUGCAUUACGCAAGAUGAUGAGUCGCUACUGGGACAACGGGAGUCCCUUCGCACUCGAUCUUGUCGGGGCAGUUGUUCGUCAGGGCAGCUUCAUCGAGAAGAUGCACAACAUCGACUGGCUCCACUCUCCAGCUCUUCACGGUACAGUCAGUCGAUUGAUUGAGAAAUACGCAGUCUUCAUGAAGAUCUUGCGCAUGUGCCCGCCGAAUCAAAUGGCGGUUCCUACCCUCGAUGUUGAUCUGGCGUGGCAUACUCAUCAACUCAUGCCACGAAACUACAUGCAAUACACAAUCACGAAGUGCAAACAGUUCGUCGAUCACGACGACAAAGUCACCGAAACCAAGCUCAACGACAGCUUCGCCUGGACAAGCAAGACUUACCAGCGAAUUACAGGCCAGGCAUACUCGGAAUGCACGUGCUGGUACUGCGAAGCGAUCCGCGAAUCGCACACCGGUGCCGCCAGUCGUCUGCUGGGCGGAAACAAUGCGAGAAUCAUAGAUCAGCUGCACGCAUCAGGAGACCAAGACCCACGAAAGAGUGUGCAUAUCUCCGCCCACAAUGCAGUGCGUCCCGACGAUGAUACACAUACUGUUCUAAGUAAGAAGAAAGCCGCUGAGUUGGAGAGGCAAUAUCAGAAAGCCUGCGAAAGAGCCAUCAAGAAGGGGAAGCCAGCGCCAAAGAGGGACGAUUACUACUAUUCAGAUGCCUAUGGUUAUCCCGUUUACAUACCUGCGUACAGUCCAUACGUGGGAUUCGUCCCGUACGCACCGAUGUACUAUCCUGUCACGCCAGGAUGCAUGGCUGUAGGGGCGGGUGCUGCUGGCAAUUGCUGUGCUGGUACGUGUGGUGGUGGAGCGGCUGCUGGUGGCUGUGGUAGCGCAGCUUCUGGUGGGUGUGGAGGUGGAGGUAGUGGUGCUGGCUGUGGUGGUGGCGGCGGCGGAGGUGGAGGGGGAGGUUGCGGAGGUGGAGGUGGAGGCGGAGGUUGCGGUGGCGGAGGAGGAGGUUGCUGA